AUGUUCGAAGGCUUCCAACCAUUCUCAAUCACCACCCAGACCUCACCACCGGUGAUAAUCCAUGGCAUCAGGAGCGGGGACUCCACAUCCUCUCUCCCACCCCUCCUCCUCAUCCAUGGCUUCCCUCAAAGCCAUCACAUCUGGCACCGCGUGGCACCGCAGGUAGUUGAUCGCUACACAGUCGUCAUCAUCGACAUCCGCGGCUACGGCGCAUCUUCAAAGCCUGGCGACGUCACCUCGUACGCCAAAAGCGCGAUGGCGCGCGACUGCAUCAGCGUCAUGGAUCAGCUUGGCUACGAGAAGAAGCCCUUCUUCGUCUGCGCCCACGACCGCGGCGCCCGAGUCGCGCACAAGCUGGCCGUUGACUUCCCCGAUCGCGUGAGGAGGUCGAUCUUCCUCGACAUCGCUCCGACGCUGGUCAUGUACAAGACGACAGACUUCGAGUUCGCAAAGGCAUACUUCCACUGGUUCUUCCUGAUUCAGCAGGAGCCUCUACCGGAGACGUUGAUAUCUGCCGCGCCGAGAAAGUUUGCGGAGCUGUUCAUGGGCGGACGGCAGCCCAAGGCGUUGGAGAUAUUCGAGAAGGAGAACUUCGAGUAUUAUGCGAGCGUGAUGGAGGACCCGGAUGCGGUGCACGCCAUGUGCAACGACUACCGCGCCAGCGCGACGCUGGAUCUGGAGGAAUCGGAGGCGGAUAUCGAGGCGGGACGGCAGAUCCAGUCUCCGUUGAUGGUGCUUUGGGGGAAGUACGGCGUAAUUGAGAAGUGUUUUGAUGCGGUGAAAGAGUGGCAGAAUGUUUCGUCCGACAGCGUAUCUGUGAAGGGUCGCAGUGUUGAGUCUGGACAUUACAUCCCGGAGCAUGCGCCCGAUGAUGUUGUCAAGGCGAUCACGGAGUUUUUUGUUUGA